AUGCACACGCUGCCAGCUAACAUUUCGCGCAGAGAUUGGCCUCGCAGACUUCUACAGACCCAACGCAAUAACAAUCCGCCAACUCCGCCUGCUGCCUCCGCAAAUGCCCUUAUCACUUCCCCUGCACCAACCCCCACGGCGACCACGCCCACGACCGGUGAUCAGACUCCGGAUGCUCCGCCGCUGUCGGUCACCCCGGCCGCAUUUUCCGCGACGUCUAUCACCUUUCCUACUCCUGCCAAUGAUGAGAACACUCCCGGCUCCUCGUCAACCACUUGCCUCACCAACAAUGUGGACUUGAUCCCAACCUGUCCUGGUCGGUCACUUAUGAAUCCAUCGCACCGCGACCGCCGAACCAGUGUUAGGUGCAUCGGCAUACAUCAUCCCAUCCACCAUCACUCACCAUAUGAGCCUUUUCGAUCGUAGGCGUAUCCGCGACAGCGGCAUUCACGCAAUGUCGUCACGUAAGCACAACUAACAACUCUCCCAUCUUUCGCAAUACCAACUCCCCAUCUUCCUGCGCGACCACCACUAGCAGCAUAUCACCACCACAACCGAUUCUGCAGCCCUCAACCUAUCUUGCCCACUCUGUCACCGCACAUUCACCGACCGCACGCAUCGGCCUGGUCAGUCAUCUGCGAAUCCGUCGCACAGAGACUGGCGAACCAGUACCUGAAACAUCAACAUACACCAGACGCCGUCGUCUCAUUUGUCCGCAUUGUCCUCGCGCAUUCAGCCAUCGCAUGGGUCUAUUUACUCACAUGCGCCUGCACGAGAACCUGUGGCGAACCACUGCAGGCGUGACUACAUCACCAUACACAUUCCAAUUACCACAUGCUCCACACAGAAACACCUCCAACACCCCCACGCCACCGGCACAUCUCUUUGGCUCCUUUCUCCACGUGCGAUCCGAGAAGUCUACCCCUUGUGUGUGUGCGUAUUGUGGGGCAGGUUGUGUGCGUAGCACGCUCAGGUGAGCUGUUCUCAGCUAUGUCAGCCACCCUUCCCAAUCUCAGCAUCAAUUAGUUGACCGGCCUGGACAAUCGAUUGAUGCACAGAAAAUGGGAGGGUGAGGUCGACUCAGCGCAUAAUUCCCCACUGCAAAUUCUCUGACGCGCUUGAGACUGUCACGGUGCGUCAGGAGCCGUGGCUUGUAAGGUUGCGACUGACGGGCCUCUCAGUCAAUCCAGUGUGCCUGUGCGGAGUGACCGACUGGUGGACUAAGAGUCAGACUGCAAUGGCUCCUUAACGCGGCCUCUAGGGCACUUUCACACAUGUGAGAUCCCAGCCGCCCACCCGCAUGUCGUGUGGGAAGUCAGGUCGGGUAUGCGGCACGCGCAGAUGGGCUCUCUCACUCUGCCAGCCACUGUGCUCAAUCCGCUUAUUAAACAACUGGCUGUCUCGGACAGUGGACCGGUGUCAUUGAGUGUGAAUAGAUUGUGAGGUCGACUCUUUCAGCAGAUAGUCCACGGUGCGCUAAAAGCCGUAACUUGUUAUUCUUCCGGCUGACUGGAUCUGAGCGUCAGACAUCAAAGGCUCCUUAAUGUGACCUUCAUGCCCCAUUUGCUCCUUAUUGUUGUGUGAAGAACAGGUCCUUUGUGGGUAAACGCUGGUAUGUGGUCGCACGCCUAGACGCGAGCUUACGGCGCGCCGGGCACCUGCGCCCCGUCUCACCACUGCUCUUCUUGAACCUGUCAUGUCAUCUCGCCCAGGUGGGAGGAAAGGGUACGGUUGAUGCUUCGACAGUCUACUAUCAUUAUGAACGCAUUCAAGCACAAGUCACUGUCCCUACUCUAACCCUGCCGCGGAGCACGAGGUGGAUCUCGCCUGGAUCGGCCAUUGAACUGUCAUUUGUUUGCCGUAGUUAUAUGUUUAUAUUUGGGUUAGGGUAGCCCUUCGUUAGUCGUUGUUUUAGGUCGGCUCGACUUUAUUAUUAUUUGUUUAUUUCUUUGCAGCCAACUUUACCUGGGCCACCAAUAUAGUGAGAAAUGUUCGUAAUCUGAAAAUAGUGACAUUCUCAAUACCUGACACGUUUUUAUUCCUACUAGUCUCCUUUUCGCUUUUUAUUUUUGUGUCCCUUGCAUCAGCAUUAAGCAUUUGGUCGCCUCUUCGGUCUGCCGCGGUUUGACUUGUCAUGUUUUCUCGGUCUUUUGUGUUGUAAUCGUUUCGACGUUUUCUUCUUUUUCAUCUUUAGGCCUUCGCCACUGUUGUUGGUGAUCCAAGUAACAGCAGAACUCUAAACGAGAUACCUAGUCAGUGGAUGCAGUAAGUUUCUCUUUUUUCCUGCUGCACAUCUCUCAUCUCCUAUUCCGCCGUCGUUAGCAGAUGAGAAAUCUCCUCUUGCUCGCUCUCUGGGUGCUCAUACUACAACUUCCGUUAGAGAGAGAACCAUUUGCCGUCCAGCUAGGGUGUUCCGCCACUUGAGAGUAUUUCAUUUGUUCUUGCAUAAUUCAGAGUGAAUGGCCUUGCUUACUGGACGUAGUGGGGUAGGGGAGCAGUAUUCCGUGCGCGGAAUUGCAUUCGAAACUCGCGAGUAACCGCAUGCAGCAACUGGAAGGAAAUUUCGGGUCAGUCCCUGCGUCCGAUUUAAUCUCCAACCAACUUGACCCCGUGAACCUACUGUAGGGAGCGAAGAGAUUGGAACUAAUCUCUAAGUCUUCACUCAUUGUAAUCUAACUGGCCUACCAACUCCCAAGGUACCGGUUUACCUUCUGGUGGGGCAACUUGCUUUUUGAGACAACUGGUGUUCGUUGAAUCCCCUAUGUAGCUUUUGUAGCAAAUCCCACGAACGCCAUAGCGUAGCUGUUAAGCCCAUAUUUCACUGUCUUGGUAAAAGAGAUCGAGUUCGAUGCUGCAAAAUUCACCACUACAUCUGUAGGUUAUUGUCGGGUUGAGUCCCUCGCCAACUGGGUAGACGUUCGUUGGAAAUUUGAUCGACGAAUAGAGCGCAGGCGUUAAUGAAAUACUUCCAAGUUGUUUAUAUUUUCUAAACGCACGGGCAAUGCCGCAAACUCUAAUUGUCUGGGCGAAGGUCUCGUACACUCACGAUUCGGUUAUCAGACGGAUCUCGACGAUUUUGGGGGUUUCGUUGCGCGCUCCAGGUUUAUGCGAUGACCGAUUUCAUUCUUACCUUGCACAUUUGGUAGUUAUCCAUUAACCUGCUGGUUUUACCAUCCACUGUGACCGACACAUAUCUCCACCCGUGACAUCGGAGACAACCAUUCGCGUCUUAGAGGAGUUUAUUUUCAAGGCCUUCUGCAGCCUAGCGCGUAUUUGGGACACUGCACACUGUAACUUCACAAAGGGGCUGGUAUGUAGUGUCCGUAUGAAGUGCCCGUAUUUUCCUCUGUCUCUUUCGAGCUUCCAGAAAGUUAAUCGCGAUUGGUUUACAAUGGGCUACCUCCCCAUACCGACUGCAACUAUUUUUCUCCCCGUCCAGAUAUACCUCUUGUUCUUAUAAAGUUUCCUGACCUUUAUUUUUCGUACGAACACGUAUUUAAUCGCUUAAGCUAUGUAAUAGUGUCACGCACAUCAUAUUGAUCUGUUUAACUCACCAACGACAUCAUUUAAUCGAACUACCACUUGUCAGUCAAACAGAGCUUCACUUUCGGUGAAAUGGAAGUCUUUACACUAGCCAAUCGGGUUGGCAUGUCACGAUAGUCGCCGGUCUCCGUCUUGGUCGACAACUGCCUCUACAGCGUCUUAUUUGGAGUUCAAGAAUUUCUUGUGUCAUGCUAUCCUCUUCUAGCUAUUUCAACGGUCACUACCGCUGUCGAUCACGCUCGCUUACGCACCCUCGUCUCGAAGAAGCCGAUAGAGGGUUAACGAGGAGACUGUAGCGAGAGCCGGAAGUAAGCCACUUUAGUAAGAGAUGGUGAAAAGCGGAAACGAAACAGUGAGGGCUCCAUACUCCUGGAUGCUCGGUUGCCCUGGUAGGUGGAACUGUACUUGGUCUGAGUUGCACUGACAGCCUCAACAUUACCGCUAUUCCACUUUAACCUGUUCAUUACACGCGUGUGUGCGUCCAUGCUCGUGUGCGCGCCGUUGUGAGAGCACUCGUCAACGCCGAACAGGGGUGAAAUGCAAGUUCCCAAUUAUCAAUGAUUGGUGCGGCUUUGACAUUGUCAACCAGUGCCCUUGUUCUGCAUUUUCUAUCGGGAUAGAGAGCCGUCCAAAAGUUGAAAACAAUUGACAGAAGGAUUCGCAAUGUCGACUAGGCUCAAUAGAGGCAGAGAACCGGGAUGAAUCCCACCGUUUCGUCCACCUUUGGCAAUUAACCAGACAUUUAAAGGCAACGUUUCGUUUUAUGCAAAAUUGCCACAAUCUAAUACUCCAAUCCUUUGCACUCUCUCUGUCUCUCUCAAACCCAAACGUUCGCUAGUUUCCUUGUCUUAACUAAUUAAGGGCAUCACUAUCCUGAGCAGGAACAAAUCUGAUUCGCAGACGUGCGUAGCACUCACCUCACACUAAUCUGACAUCCACCGGGUGCUGGUGCUAGGGCAUGUUCAGUAUGCCUGAGGUUGAGCGUGGGCGCGGCGGCUGAACUGGCAUCAGAAACACCAACAUACUUCACGUGCACAUCUCCGUUCCUUCAAAGCAGAACUCGAAAGCAAAUUCCCCUAUCUCCCGCCAAAGAGAUAUAAGGGUCAUCUUAAGAAGAAACCAUCACUGCCUGGUUUUCAGCCUGGGUGGCACUUAGUUGUUAUCAGGCAACCCUGCAUAACUUUUGGCACGCCAUGUUGGUUUAGAAUGCCUUACCUUACUCUAAGGAGAGUGCUGGAGCAGUCUCAGUCUCUUCCUUCGUAAUACGAGUCAGUGGCAAUUUUGAUUUAAGUCACUUGAUGAGACUGGGUAUUAGCAAACUGAAUGUAAGGCCUCCGUCUAAUGUGUGCCGCACGCAUGUUCGGUUUUCGCACUGGUCCAAGGUAGCGUUGCAACACGUUUUGAGGUGCUAACAAUAACAGCAAGCUUUUCCGCACACCUACAGCCUCUCCCAAUUCACUGGCUAUUUUAUUCGCAUUUAGAGCGCGAUUUCUGAGGGGUGUCAGUGAAUUGGAGCACCUUGGCUUCAUCAAAGGCACCCGACGCAGAAUCGACCACGUUUCCCGCCUCAGGUCGGCAUACUUUCUUAAUUAG